UUAAAGUAUUUCCCUCUCACCUAGUAGUGCGUGUUGCUGUGAGAAUAUUAGGUUAAACCCUAGAAAUGGUAGGAAAAGAAGCAAGCGGCAAAGAUCCCAAGGCGGAGCUGAAGAAAGGGCCGUGGAGCAGAGAGGAAGAUCAGAAACUGCUCACAUAUAUCGAACAACAUGGCCAUGGCAGCUGGCGAACUCUCCCUACUAAAGCUGGGUUGGAGAGGUGUGGGAAGAGCUGUAGAUUGAGGUGGACGAACUAUCUGAGACCAGAUAUCAAGAGAGGAAAGUUCAGCAAUUACGAGGAGAAGACAAUCAUUAGGCUCCAUGCUCUUUUAGGCAACAGGUGGUCAGUAAUAGCAGCUCAUUUACCGAAACGUACCGAUAACGAGAUCAAGAACUAUUGGAACACUCGGCUGAAGAAACGGUUGACUCGGAUGGGCAUCGACCCGGCAACCCACAAGCCGAAGAACAACCCGUCCGGCUCGGCUAAGUCGCAGCAGCACGCCGAACUCAGCCAUAUGGCGCAGUGGGAAGCCGCUCGGCUCGAAGCUGAGAGCCGCCUCGCCCGCGAGUCGAAGCUCAUGUACAAACUCCCGUUCCUCCACAAACUUGCCUCCCCGGCUUCGCCUCCGCCGCGGCUUAUGGCGGCGGCGGCGCCGUGUCUGGACGUGCUCAAGGUGUGGCAGUCGAGCGCCAUCCCCAGCUGCUUCUUCAGCUCUGCCGCGAGCUGCAGCAGCAGUCUCGAGUCACCGACCUCGACCCUAAACUUCUCCUGCAACAGCCUCCCGGCUCCUCCGGUAGCACCGAGCGAUUACGGUGUGGAUGGCUACGCCGCCGAGGAGGAGGGCAAAAUGGACUUUUCGUAUCAGCUGGACGACGUUUACGCCCCGAGUUUCCAAGACUGCGGCCUGCCGGACUUUGCUCCACUUAGUCAAGAUUCCGAGCCACUUCCCCUCGUCGGAGAAUUUGAAGAUAGUAAGAAUUAUUGGAAUUACUUGCUAAAUUUGGUGAGCUCGCCGAUGAUGGAGAUGCCCACGUUGUAGGGGUGAUUAGGGGAAAAUGUGCUAAUCCAGAUUAGGGUGUAGGGUUAAUGUUGGCAAUUAAGAUAGUGUUGUUGCUUCUCUCAUGAUUUGACAAGAUUAGCUAGUUAGGGUUUCUUAUCAUUAAAGCGUCCCUUUUUUAUUAAACAAAUUUGAAGUUGGGAAGAUAAGUUAUUUUAAUUUCCUUA